AUGCGUGAAAUUCUUCACAUUCAGGGCGGCCAAUGCGGCAACCAAAUCGGCGCCAAGUUCUGGGAAGUGGUCUGCGCCGAGCACGGCAUCGACCCCACCGGCCAAUACCUCGGCGACUCAGAUCUCCAACUUGAGCGAGUCAAUGUAUACUACAACGAGGCUAGCUGUGGCCGCUUCGUCCCUCGAGCCGUUCUCAUGGAUCUCGAGCCGGGUACCAUGGACAGCGUCAGAUCCGGGCCCUACGGUCAGAUUUUCCGGCCCGACAACUUCGUUUUCGGUCAGUCCGGCGCCGGAAACAAUUGGGCUAAAGGGCAUUACACCGAAGGCGCAGAGUUGAUUGAUUCUGUUCUCGAUGUUGUUCGCAAAGAGGCUGAGAAUUGUGAUUGCCUACAAGGUUUUCAGGUGUGCCAUUCAUUAGGAGGAGGGACAGGGUCAGGAAUGGGGACUUUGUUGAUUUCAAAGAUUAGGGAAGAGUACCCAGAUCGGAUGAUGCUGACCUUCUCGGUUUUUCCAUCUCCGAAGGUCUCUGAUACGGUUGUGGAGCCUUACAAUGCGACCUUGUCUGUUCACCAACUCGUGGAAAACGCAGAUGAGUGUAUGGUUCUUGACAAUGAGGCUUUGUAUGACAUUUGCUUCCGUACCUUGAAGCUCACCACUCCUAGUUUUGGUGAUUUGAACCAUUUGAUUUCUGCAACCAUGUCUGGGGUCACCUGUUGUCUAAGAUUCCCCGGCCAGCUUAACUCCGAUCUCCGCAAACUCGCUGUAAACCUCAUUCCAUUUCCUCGCCUUCACUUCUUCAUGGUGGGCUUUGCUCCUCUCACCUCGCGAGGUUCUCAGCAGUACCGAAACUUGACUGUCCCAGAGCUUACCCAACAAAUGUGGGACGCAAAGAAUAUGAUGUGUGCAGCUGACCCAAGGCAUGGACGAUAUCUGACAGCAUCUGCCAUGUUCCGAGGAAAGAUGAGCACCAAGGAAGUCGAUGAGCAGAUGUUGAAUGUCCAGAACAAGAACUCUUCCUACUUUGUUGAGUGGAUUCCCAACAAUGUCAAGUCAACCGUGUGUGACAUUCCUCCAACAGGUCUCAAAAUGGCUUCAACUUUUAUUGGCAACUCAACAUCGAUUCAAGAGAUGUUUAGGCGAGUGAGCGAGCAAUUCACAGCCAUGUUCAGGAGGAAGGCUUUCUUGCAUUGGUAUACUGGGGAGGGAAUGGAUGAGAUGGAGUUCACUGAGGCCGAGAGCAACAUGAAUGAUUUGGUGUCGGAGUAUCAACAGUAUCAAGAUGCCACAGCUGAUGAGGAGGGAGAGUACGAGGAGGAAGAGGAGGAAUAUAAUGACUGAAAUGCUUGAUUUGGUGAUUACUGGGGAGAGAGAGAGAGAGAGACUUGCUGUGUAAUAGUAGCACUAUAGCUCUGUGAACAGUGGUUGUAAACUCAACAUCCAUUUAUUUUCGAAUUGUAGGGGUGAUAUUGGGUUUACUUGAAAAGAGGGUACAAUUUAAUGAGAAACAAAUUAUGUUUUGCCAUGAAUU